UGUGCCAGACCCACUUAGAUGACCGGGCGAUAUGAUAGCCAAAAAACACCGAACUGUACCAGGUUUUUGAUUGAAUGGAAAACGAUUGAAAUUCCAAACACCCCGUGCGCAAUUUCCAAAAAAAGUGAAAAUCAAUGUAGGCUAAUCGAAAGUUCAUUUACGGAUAGUGUGUGAUAUAAUGCAAAAGCAGCACUAUCUAUGGGUUCAGUUUACCAUCAGAUGUAGUGCAGGUGAAAUUUAUGCGUGUGAAUGCUGAAUUUUAACGAAACCCAAAUAAUAGCAUUGAAAUGCCAUCAAAAUAAUUGACCGUCCCAUGCUAAUUGGUAAUUGGUAAUUGUCGAUGGUCUGCUUUGCUUUGCUUCUAUUACAAUUAUGCUUUCACCCGGCGCCUGAUUAGAGCGGAUUCAAUGGCCCCAUCUUGGGCGGAUUAUGUAAGCGGACGACACUUUUGAUUUGUAUCUAAAUUGCAGCCAAAUCAUAAACCUUCGACCAUCUCCGGCAGCCGAAAGUGAAAAGAGUCCGGCGAUAAAAAACAAAAGAAGAAACAUGCGGAACAUGCAGGCCAUCGAAAGCAAAAGUUUUGUGCGUGCGGAAACGUGCGGCGCAUGCGUAGGUGGAUUCCGGCCAAAUGGGAACAGUGGAGCGGGGCCAGGCAACCUGCCAAAUUAAGGUAAACAUUAUUGUUAACUUAUUGAGUAUGGUUUAAUAGUUGGCAGGCCAACAUUUCUAUAUUGUAUUACCUUUUCUAUGAAUUGUAAGGCUUUAAAAUAUGAACUAAAAAAAAUUGCGGAACUUAAUUUAAAGGACUUAGUGCAUGAAAUGCAUUAAAACUAUUAUGUUUUUAUGUUUAAUUUAAACUUUUAAAACGAACAAAUAUUUAAGGCCUACGUUUUUUUACUUGAAAGGCCUUCAAUUCCUAGGAUACUUAAACAAUUUAUUAUGUUUUAAUGAUCAGCUUUGAAACACACUGUAAUAUUAUGUUUUUUAAUAUUAUCAGUUAAUUAAUUUCUUUUAUAUAUUACCUAUUAAACUUUAAAUCUACAUUUGUUUGCCCGAAAAAAGGGUUUAGCACUGAAGGAUUUCUAUAGUAUCCCUGAAUGUCUCUACUAGUUUAACAUUUUUAACAGCACCACGAAUCUCUUAAAUACUCUUAAAUCCUUGCACUUUAUACAUAUUUUUUCGUUGGUAACGACUUUCUAUCGCUUACAUUAUACAUUUUUUCGUUAGUAAAGACUAUUUCUAUCGUUUGUGAUAUGUUUUUUCUUUAAUUUGCCUGUAAACUACACUAUAUUUUUUUUUAAUUUGAAAUUUUUAUAAAUUAAAUGAAAUCUGGUUUUGCUGAAAAUGUUUUUUUUUGCGUGCCUCAAGUACAGAACCAUGAUUUGGGGUUACAAAAAUAUUUACGUAGGUCUAGUCUAGAUAAAAAUGGACAACAUGGUUUAUUAUCAGAUUACAGGAAAAUAGCCUAAAUAAGCAAUUACAUCUACCAAAUGGUGUGAGGACACGUCCGUCGGCUGGAUGCAUAUGGUUUAUGACCCGUUUAUCAUAUUUAUUUAGGUUAAAGUAGCUAUCAGCAACGAACGAAUUUCUGCUAAGUCGAAAUCGUACAGCAUAGUUGAUAGGAAAAUUUAGAGUCUGAAUUUGUUUUAUAAAUCCAUAUACAAAUAUUUAAUUUAUGUUUCUGCAACCACAGUGCGUGGUCAGAGGGCUAAGCAUAAUGAGGUGACGCCUUCGAUGGGUGAUGGGAGGAGGAUCGGUGGUGCCCAGUGGGUUGGCGGUUCGGGGUCUUCGAUUGCGGCAAGUGAAAUGGCAGCGUAAAAGUCAUAAACUGCCCAAUUGCCGUACUCCAUGCCGAUGAGCCGCCAUCUGCGGUGCAUUGCUAGCACUCAAGCACCGAUAUUCGGCGAUUGGUAUGCACAGUGGGUGCUUUCCGACGACGAUGGCCACUCCACUGUGCCGCGAUGUCCGCUUUAUAAAUACAACAGCGACCAAGGAAGUUCAUUUCAUUUUCUUGGUGGCAAUCGCAGCAAUCGGAUUAAACGCGUAACGAUAUAAGAUAUAUAGUAGUGCAUCAUCAACCACAAAAACAAGAUGAAUCUUUUGACCAGUUCGAGUAGCCUCCAUCUGCUGAUGGUCUUGGCCGUAAUCUUGGUUGCCCCCAGAGCCGAGGCGGGUUUACGUUUGCGGCACACCAGUCGAUCGGUCACGCCCCCUGCCAGCACUACGCCCACCGUAACAGUGACCUCGGAGGAGGCGCCACCACAGGAAACCGUGGCGGAGAGUGCGCCCGUUGCCGCUGAAGUUACCGAACCGGAAACGGAAGUGGGGGUCACAACCGGAAAGCACAAGCGCGGCAUUCUGCACGGGCACCCCCACUUGCACGGCCAAUGGCCCGCCCGUACAUAUGCCGCCCACUACGGCUACAGCCUGCAGUUGCCCGGCGGCAGUGCCUUCCUGGCCGCCGCUCCGCCACAUCGCCACUUUGUCAAGUACGGAGGACAUGGAGCGGUGAAGCCGCUAACCCUGGUUUCCGGUUCCGGUUUGCUGCCCGCUCUUGCUCCGGCUCCCGCCGCCCUGCUGCCCGCCGUGGGAGCAGCCCUGCCCGCCGGAUUGCCCGCUGGAUUGCCCACCGGAUUGCCCGCUGGUUUGCCUGCUGGUCUGCCCGCCGGAGUGGCCAGCGCCAUUCCCGCCGGAGUGGCCACAGCCCUGAACACCGGCGUGGCCACCGCCUUGUCCACCGGCGUGGCCCCGCCCUCGUAUGUCCUGCGACCCGGCAACGCCCUUGUGUCCUCGUACAGCGUCAACUAUCCGCACCAGCACCUGCAGAAGCCCGUGGUCUUCCAGUCCGCCGUGAAGCCAGUGCACUUCCAUGCUCCCGCCCACGCCCAUGUGCACGCCGUGCAGCCAACUUAUGUGCAGGCUUUUGCUCCGACUGCUCCCGCUGUGCCUGUCCAGCCUGUUCAGGCCAUCCAGCCGAUCCAACCGGUACAGCAUCUUCAGCCGAUCCAGCCCAUUCACCCUGUGACCCAUCAGUACCAGCCCGUUCAGCCCCUGCAGCCAGUCACCCCAGUCCAACCAGUUCAACCCCUGCAGCCGGUUACUCCAGUACAGCACAUCCAGCCCAUCCAGCCAGUCCAGCCCUCUGUGGCUUUUGGGGUUCCGGCACCACCAGCCGUUGAUCUGCCCGUCAUCCCCCAGUUCCCUCAGCAGCCUCCGUUCCCCCAGUUCCCCGGAGUGCCCACCUUUAGCUUCCAGCCUGCCCAGCCAGCGGUGCCCGCUCAACCCGCUGUGCCCGCCCAGCCGGCCACCCCGGCUGCUCCCGAGGCCCCUGAAGUACCACAGAUUCCCCAAAUUCCGCAGAUUCCCCAGAUUCCUGCCAUACCGCAAAUUCCUCAAUUUCCUGGAUUACCCCAGUUCCCCGGGUUCGCCCAGUUCCCCCCGAUUCCCCAAUUCCCCCAGGCGCCGGCCAAUCCGUCGAUUCCGCCUGUGCCUUCGGUGCCAACGGUUCCGGCAGUUCCCACCUUCCCCAGUCCGCCCACCAGUCAGUUCUUCCCCUCUGCUCCCCAACCGCCGCUGCCCCAGCAGCCACCCACUUUUGGCCAGCCGGAGCAACAGUUCCCCGGCGGAAUUGUACCGCUACCGGGAUCCACGCCCGUGCAGCCGGAAUCCGGAACGGGAAUAGCCUCGCCGCAGAUCCCCCAGUCGCCGGAGGCGGAGAAUCCCUCGGAGGUGGCACCCCAAAGGCCCCCCAGCCAGCAGCCAUGGAGGCCGGUCUUCUAUCAGCCACCCACCGAAUCUGCGCCAGCUUCGCCCAAUCGUCCUUCGAUCACCCUGCAGCCGCCCUACGGAAGUUCGCCAGCUGAAGGCUACCUGCCACCCGUGGGAUCGCAGCCUUCGGCCCUGAGUUCCGGCAGUGCCGGGAUCGGCAGCCAGGGCGGCAUCUUCGACCAGCUGAGUGACGCGGAACUGGAGCACAUCUUCGCCCAGGCCAACUUGGCGCAGCAGCAGCACCACCAGGCCCACAACUACCACCACUACUGAUUGUAACACUAACUUAGGGAUCUUGUUUAAAU